AUGGCAAGGCUGCAACUUGCACCGCAACUCCCACCGAGAACGAAACUACUAACACAAUUGAACGAUUCACAUGGAUUGCCCACCCCAGGCCCCUCGCGAUCCUUAGAGGAGCAGAAGCCCACAUCCGGCAGGGCAAGCCCCAAAGCCGAAUCGCCAUCCAUCUCUCGACAAGCUCUUCCGCCACGAACUCCUCUGACUGACCUUGACGACAUCCAAUUCGACGAUUCUCACGGCAUCUUCGACAUUGACGAAAUUGACCUAACAGGAGACAUCACGACUUCUUCUUUCGGAGAAUUUGGCCCGCCGACGAGGUUAUGGUGCGAGGACUCGGCGUCUCGGGUAGAUCCUCUACCAAAGAAAAGGGGAAAGAAAAGAAAGAGCGAAGAAUAUCAAUCGGACUUGCUCUCCCCGCAAUCUAGUCGGAGCACAACCAAGCGCGUGCUCAAGGACACAAUGGUGACCGUUUCUCCGUUUCGUGGAAGCGCAAAGCAGGCCACGGAAGAGCAGGAUGUUCAAGAAGAGAUUAGUUUGACACAAACUAUGAUCCGAGCGAAGACAAAAGCUCCCAGCCUAGAAGACGAUUUCCCGGAUCUUGAUGUGGAAGGAAGAAACCGUGAUGAAGUCGAGCUCGAGCUAGUAAAUCAGCACUUCAAUAAAUCUCAUAUUCGACCACCUACGCGGCAAAAUCGCUCGCAGAAGGCUCGAAAUAUUGUUUCGCACUCAGACGACGGAGAGAAAAUCGACCCAGUUCCGAAACUGAAGCCAACCACACCUGCGAGGACCAGAUUUGGUGACCGUUUUCGGCCACAGUCUGACUCUUCCGUUCGGCACUCUGACAGAAAAGGCAGUCCUUUGCGCUCAUCGAAUCAAGCCGUUGUAUCGAAGACCUCCCAAUCGCCGCCGAAGUCUGAAUUUCGUCGAAUCAUACAGGAUGCAGAUUAUCCACCCAGUCCAAAGUUGGCGCCGAACUUCAAAAGCAGCGGGUCGAGUGCUGAGCAAUGCGGCCCUUUGACUCGAGAGCAGACACACAUUGUCACCAAGUUCGCUGAGGAGGGCCAUGAUCAAUUGCAAUGCCUUUUGCAACAACUGGAGCAAUCAAAGAGGGCGAUACGCAUAGAGAUGUUGGAUGAGAUGUGUGACAGCGGUGUUGCUUCUGACCAUCUCAAGGAAAUGAACAAGACUAUUGAAAACCAAAUCGCGACAACCGCACAACUAUUGAAGGAGCACGCGUCUAUAUCGAAACUCCGGGACCAACGGAAACGGAUGCUUGAGCGUCGCAACGAGCUCGAGGAAGCAGGACACGAAAUCGAUCCUGAUGACCCCCAGAAUGUGCUUGCAUCAAUUUGCAUGGACAUCCGACGCAUCAAGGUGGACAUUGAUACUCGCGAGGUGUUGAUUUUCAAGCUUCUGGAACAGGUGGGAGUAUCCACCAACCGCAGUGUGACAGAGAGGGCUUCUUUGCAGUACAACAGCUUGCGACCUCCUGUUGACAAUGUUCCUCUUCAAAAGGUUCUGGUUGCCUCUACGCAAAAGGCCCCUCAGCAGAUAUCCGCAACGACUGAGGACCAGGACGCAAAAGAGUUUGCUCACCUUUCAACACAAUCUGUUGUCCAAACGCCGUUUGCAAAGCGAUUCGAUCCUGCUAACAUCGUCCCAUGUCCUUGUCCUCAGCGUUCCUCGCCAAAGCCUGAGCCUAAUUUUGCCCACGGCGAUGCAGAAGAUGGCACCAAAACUUCCCCCAGGACAAUGAGGAGCCCUCCCCGCGAAUUCUCAUUCGACGACGACUUCGAGGAUGAUAUGGAUGAUGAAGAGAUGUGCAAAAUAGCGGAAGAAUUCGAACAGAACUUGCCGACAUUCAGUGUUGAGUCGCCUUCCCGCCGCGAACGUGUCGCUCUUAGCGAGGUCAGCGACAACAUUCGCCGGAUUUCGCCAAAGAAACAAAUCUCCACACAGGGAACUUUGUCCAACUCGGCGGUAAUGCAACACCCUUGGUCAAAGGACGUAGCGUCGGCCUUGAGGAAAAGAUUUCACCUGCACGGUUUUCGUCACAAUCAACUUGAAGCCAUCAAUGCCACUCUGAGCGGCAAAGAUGCAUUUGUGCUGAUGCCCACCGGAGGUGGAAAGUCCCUCUGCUACCAACUACCAUCAAUCGUGCAGAGUGGACGAACACACGGAGUAACCGUUGUGGUCUCCCCGUUGCUCAGUCUGAUGCAGGACCAAGUGGACCAUUUGCAAAAGUUGAAUAUCCAAGCCUACUUGGUGAACGGAGACACAACUUCGGAACACCGAAGAUAUGUGUUCACCGCAUUGAGAGCUUCGAAGCCUGAGGAAUAUAUCCAGCUUUUAUAUGUCACCCCGGAGAUGCUCAGCAAGAGCCAGGCGAUGUGCCAAACUCUUCAGGAUCUGUACAGGAGGGGGCUUCUUGCCCGAAUCGUGAUCGAUGAAGCCCACUGUGUCAGCCAGUGGGGUCAUGAUUUUCGGCCAGACUACAAAGCCUUGGGUGAAGUUCGCAGUCAAUUCAAGGACGUACCUGUCAUGGCAUUGACCGCGACGGCGACCGAAAAUGUCAAAAUUGAUGUGAUGCACAAUCUCGGCAUGGACAAUUCUGAAGUGUUCACUCAAAGCUUCAACAGACCCAAUCUUACCUACGAGGUCAGGCACAAAGGCAAGAGCUACGAGGUGCUUGAUAGCAUUGCACAAACCAUCAAAAGCUCAUACAGGGGCCAGGCAGGGAUUGUCUACUGUCUGUCAAGGAAGAAUUGUGAACAAGUUGCCAAGCAGUUGAGAGACAAGUAUAAGAUUCAUGCCCGACAUUAUCAUGCCGGCCUUACUUCUGAAGAAAGAGUAGACAUCCAAAAACGGUGGCAGGCAGGAGAAUUCAACGUCAUUGUCGCCACCAUUGCGUUCGGAAUGGGGAUCGACAAGCCCGAUGUACGUUUUGUUAUUCAUCACACGAUACCCAAAAGCCUGGAAGGCUACUACCAGGAAACCGGUCGAGCCGGGCGAGAUGGAAAGAAAUCAGGCUGCUAUCUCUACUAUGGGUACGGCGACACAACUUCGUUGAAGCGGAUGAUUGAGGAAGGCGACGGCAAAUGGGAGCAAAAAGAGCGACAAAAGCAGCUAUUGAGGAACGUCGUUCAAUUCUGCGAAAAUCGCAGUGACUGUCGCAGGGUCCAGGUGCUCGCGUACUUCAACGAGCACUUUAGGCGGGAAGAAUGUCAGAACGGUUGCGACAACUGCAAUUCAACGAGUGCUUUUGAGACCCAUGAUUUCUCCGAGCAUGCUCGAAACGCAAUUCAGCUUGUAAAGAAGAUCCAUCACGACAAAGUCACGGUGCUCCACUGCGUCGACAUAUACCGUGGCGGGAAGAACAAAAAAAUGAGUGAACUCAAACACGAUGAGCUAGACGAAUACGGCCUCGGUGCUGACUUGGCCAGAGGGGAUGUGGAACGUCUGUUCUAUCGGCUUAUCACCGAAGAUGCACUAGCACAGGAUAAUAAAGUCAAUAACUCGGGCUUUGCCGUGCAGUACAUCAAGCUCGGUCCCAAAUGCGAUGAUUUUGAGAGAGGUCGCAGGCCACUGAAGCUUCAAAUCCUUACCUCGCCAGCUGGCAAGCCAAAAGCUAAGGCGACGACGCCAAAGAGCCGAAAGAAAGCUGGCACUGGAGUUAGGGCAGCAGUGGAUGAUUAUCCUGCAUCCACAAAUGUUUCAUCUCCGGUCCAGGCUCGAUCACGUCGCAAACUUGUUCGUGGACAGCUGAAUGAUUCAUCGGACGAAGAGUUCAUGAAUCAAAAUGAUGAAGACGAGGAUGAGGACAUGUUCGAGCCUGCACGACAGCCCACUACUCGUCGGCCCCCCGAAAGAAACAAAGUCGGUCCACCGAUCACAGCUGAUCCGACCAUGGCGCCACUGGACAACAUCCAUCGGCACAUCCUGGAAGACUUUGUCGAGAAAGCGAAGAGCGAUAUCGAGCGGAUUGUGAUUGCCAAGUCCCUGAGACAGAAACCCGUGUCGGACAGAGUGUUACGGGAGAUCGCUAUCAGCUUUCCGCGAAAUGAAGAAGACCUCAAGCAGGCGACUGGAAUGAACACUGAAAGGUUCAAGAUAUUCGGUCCGGUAUUACUCCGAUUGAUCACGACUGCCUACAAUAACUAUCAAGCGAUGAAAGCAGCGCAGGAGGACCAACACGGUGAUCCCAAUGACAGGGCCGUAGUAGAAAUCAGCGAUGACGAAGCCGAAGAAGAAAUGUUGACCGAAAGCGAUGUUGAUCUGGACGACCCUGAGAGUAGUCACUACUUCAGCGUAGCUGAUGAAGUCGGUCAAUUCAACGAGAAGGAUCCCAACCUUCCAGAGUAA